CGAGAACUUUGAGGUGCCAGUUUCGGCAAAUUCUUUGGCAAUAAGACCUGCUUGCCUCCACAAAAGUUCAUAGGUGGCCCAUUUAUUUGCAAAUUUAACGAUACAGGAGCCACAAACCCAGCCUCAGGAAACUCAAGACACCACACCCCAAUAGAUUCCCGUCAGCCCCAUCAUGACUAUUGAAGAAGCAGCCGCAACAGCCACCGGGGCACCAGGAGAAGAUGUUGAGAUUCCCGUUACGACUGUAGUCGAGAUGAUUACAGAACCCAAUGCCCAGCAAAUGAACCACCGUGGUGAUGCCAUCCCCACCAUCACUCUACCCACGACAACAGCACGGCAACACAAAAUGCACCGAUUCUCCAGUCCAUGGAACGAGAGGGCGGAGACGAAAUUGUGGUUGUGGCGACUGUAACCAAGGCGACACCUACUUCCCGGGUGGGCAUCAAUAUGCGGACCGAUCACAAUGGCGAAGUUUUUGUCAGUCGUCUUGACAAUAAUGGGCUCAUUGCUCAAUCCACCGACUUGGAACCGGGCAUGCGCAUACUGGCGGUCAAUGGAGUCACAACGGACAACCAAACACCCCUUCAGAUACGAGAAGUGAUUGCCACAGCCCCAGAAGAAGUGACCAUUGUCGCUGCCAGGACCACUGGCAAGCAACAAACUGCUAGUAUACGACAACAAUCAGUUCGGUUAAAUCAAGAACUGGCCCGAGCCAAAGAACGGGAACAUCAAGAAUUGGCUCGAGCCAGAGAACGGGAACUGGAGCGAGGCGAUAAAGAGCGCAUUGAUGAUGCUUGUCUUUGUUGCUAUUUUUGCUCCGAUUGGUGUAUUUAUUGUCCUGCCGGAGGUUGUGACCCUCACGGUCAGCACAGUUGUUGCCAAUUAUGCUGUCUGGGGUGUGAGAGUGGAUGUUCCGCAUUGGACAAUGAUUGCGAUGGUUGUGAUGCUGUCUGUGAUGUCUGCUGCAGUGAUGGGUGCGAAUUUUUCUGUGGUGAAUCCUGCUGUGAUUGUUUCUGUGGGCUGCUGGGUGCUGUGUCAGUUUAGAUACCGUUGGGCUUGAAUGUUCCACAUUGGACAAUGAGUGCGACGCUCUCUGCGGUGGCUGUGAUUCCUGCUGCGCGAGUGCGUGCAACUUUUUCUGUGAUGAAUCCUGCUGUGAAUGUGUCUUGGGAUACUGGGAGCUGUGCCAGUUUAGAUAGGGUAUGUAGUGGACCGUACCACUACAAUAUCGGGAGAGCAAAAAGGAACAGAAGGUCAAGGCACCCAAAGACGUAACUUAUCGCUUGUACAAGCAGGUUUGCAGGACCAAACAAGGACCAAUGUCCUGGGUCUGUUCUACAAAUGUAGAGGUGACCUUGACCGGAGGGAACUGUGGUACCCGGCGUUGAUAAACAUGAUUGUUUUUUAUAAACUCUUGUCGCAGCUCGUGCUCUUCCCCAAAAACUGCUGGUGU